AUGAUGCCUCCUCCUCGCGCUGAAAAGCACUGGUCAGCCCCAGCUGGGCGGCGCAAUCAAUGUGUGUUUGUUGUCGCGGCAACCGAGAACAACUCGGAAACUUUGCCGCCAAACGUUCAAGUACCAUUCGAUGGCCAGCGAGUAUUUCUCGUUGAUACAGCUCCAUCAAAUGCAGGAACUUAUACUUGCAUUGUUCGAAAUUCGGCUGGGGAAAGUCGGAAGAACAUACAUGUCACAGUACUGGAACCUCCCGAAUUCAUCGAAAAACAAUUUGAUCAAAAUGUUCGAGUAAUAAGCGGUUCACCGCUAAGCUUAGCCUGCCUCGUGAAAGGCCAUCCCCAGCCACUCAUUGAAUGGAGAAAGGAUGGUCAAACUAUCACAGACAAUGUGUUCAGUGAUAACGGGCAACGUUUGACUAUGGAUUCGCAAGGAAUGACAACACAUCGUUUCACAUGUCUUGUGUCGAACAAAGCUGGUUCGGUUGCGAGAGAUUUCUUCGUUCAAAGCGUUGCCCCACCAACAAUAAAAGAUGCCGGUGACCGUACCAUCGUAGAAGUCACCGAAGGACAAACAGCAAUGCUUCAAUGUCCUGUUGUUGGAGGAGAUGUGGAUAUAACCUGGAGAAGACAAGGACGAACCAUCGAGGAGUCUGAGGGAAUAUUCACCGUGGAUAAAAGCACUUUGAUGUUGGUAAAUGCACAAAAAGAUCACGAAGACACUUUUACGUGCAUAGCAAAGAAUAGUGCUGGUGAAGCUGCGCGAGAUUUUGAAGUUGUAGUGUUGAUUGCUCCGCAUAUCAAAGGAUCAUUGGUGGAAGAUGUGGAAGUCGUGGAAGGUUACGAGAUGACUUUGGAUUGUGAUUUCGAUGCAAGUCCUGAACCUGUUGUACAGUGGACUAAGGAUGGGGAUUCUCUACCAAGAACUGCUCAGCUGCUUAAUGGAGACCACACCUUGGCAAUGAGUGGAGUGACACGAAAUAGUGCUGGAGUCUUCCGCUGUGCAUUAUCAAACAAGGCUGGUUCAGCCGAAAAGACCUUCAACGUUCGAGUUGUCCAGAAACCUGACCUCGAAAGCAGUGAUGAGAUCACCAUCGUGAAGGUCAAUAUCACCCGACCUGUGACCUUUGAAUGUCCCAUCAAAGAUCCGAUUGGUGUAGAACUGACAUGGUCCCGCCAUCAAUUACCAGCUGCUAAUGGUGUAGACAACGUUCAGAUUCUAUCCGGAGGACGUCAUCUCUUCAUACCCGCUGUACAAAUAAAUGACGAAGGAACAUUUUCGUGUACAGCUAGAAAUCCGGCUGGAGAAACGACAAAAACAUAUAAAUUGCUAGUCCAAGUUCCACCAUCUAUACUGAAUGAAGGUGGCGAAUAUACUGUAAUCGAAAACAAUUCUCUUGUAUUGCCUUGUGAAGUAGAGGGAAGUCCCAAGCCAGUUAUCGUUUGGACUAAGGAUGGACAACCAGUUAGUAGCCUCAAAUCAGUCAAGACUUUAUCCGAAGGACAGCAGUUCAAAAUUAGCCAUGCUGAGACAAUUCAUCGUGGAUCCUACGCUUGCCACGCAAAGAACGAUGUUGGAAGUGCCGAGAUCAAUUUUGAUGUGGAUAUCAUCACUCGCCCUGCUGUUUUGCGUGGAAUUAAGGACACGGUGGAAGUAUUUGAAGGCGGUAUAGCACAUUUCCGUUGCCCGAUUGCGGAAAAGAACUUCAAGGGACAUGUCACGUGGCUAUACGACUUCAAGCCAGUUCCUAUGAACAAUCCGCGAUACUCUCGUGGGCACGGCGAUAAACGACUGAAUGUUCAGAAUGUCACACUGUCAGAUGAGGGGGCCUACAGUUGUCGAAUCAAGAAUGAUGCGGGCGAAACGCGUGUUGACUACAAACUUGUGGUUCUUGUACCACCAAGCAUUAUCAUGCUAGAUAAAGACAAAAACAGAUCAGUUACCGAAGAUAGUUCAGUCACAUUAUCGUGUCCAGCGACAGGAAAACCAGAACCAAAAAUUACUUGGCAAAAAGAUGGAGAAGUGCUUCACCCUGAUAACAUUAGCAGUGUGAUUAAGUCAGCGCAAAUGGUUGGAAGCGAAAUAAAAAUUGCUAGGAUCAAGCAGCAUGAUACAGGAAGAUUCACUUGUGAGGCUUCCAAUAAAGCAGGAACUUCCGAACAGGAUGUGAUCGUAAAUGUCAUGACACCACCUCGUAUCGAAAAAGAGGGAAUCCUGAGUGAUAUUGAAGAAGUAGCAGAUCGAACUGUUACGCUAUCUUGUCCAGUACAUGGAAAACCAAUACCAGCGGUCACUUGGCUGAAGGCUGGUCGACCCUUGGACCCGCAUCAACAGAACGUGAAAACUUCUGCUAACGGGCAGAAGCUCUAUUUUCUCAGUUUGAGCAAGGAAGAUGCCGGAAGGUACACUUGUGUAGCCAAAAAUCCCGCUGGUGAAGACAAGAGAGACUUUAACGUGAAAUUGCUAGAGGCUCCAUCCUUUGAAGGUCCAAACCUUGUUCGACGAGUCCAGGUUAACGCUGGAAGGCCUUCGAUCCUUACAUGUCCAGCUACUGGAUCACCCCUACCGGCUAUUACAUGGUUACGUGACGGUCAGACACUAUUACCAUCAGCUCGACAUGUGUUCUUAGACGGCGGACGUCAGCUACAAAUCAGCAACUCUCAGCUCGAAGACAAAGCCAGAUAUACUUGCAUAGCAACAAAUGCUGUCGGCUCGGACGAUUUAGAAACGACUCUGGAUGUAGUGGCUGUGCCAACUAUUCUUGGGGAUAAACAUGAAAAACUUGAAGUGAUCGAAAAUUUCCAACAAGAUCUGAUUUGUGAACUAAAUCAAACCGAUUCGCCUGUGGAUAUUGAAUGGCAGAAAGCUGGGCAAACAAUCACUCAACAAACUCUACGUGAUGACAGCUAUCUACAGAUUCCCUCAUCUGGUAGACGUCUUCACAUCCUUUCCGCUCGUACAACAGAUACUGGAAGGUACACAUGUAUUGUUCGAAACGCAGCUGGAGAAGCGAGAAAGACAUUCGAUUUGAAAGUGCUUGUGCCUCCAUCCAUCAACGAAUUGAGCUCAUCGGAAUCGCUUCAGAAUGUCAUUCCCGGAACUCGUCUCAGUCUUGACUGCAUCGUUGACGGUGAUCCGUUUCCAGAGAUCAGUUGGACUCGUGAUGAUGUCCCUAUCGAAGAUGGAGAGUCAUAUAAGAUAAUAAAUCAGAAAGAAACAGUGGUUAUCACGAAAGUUGAUGGGCAGGCUGCUGGCAAAUAUACUUGUCAUGCAAGUAACAAAGCAGGAAAUGCGACUAGAGACUUUGUCGUGCGUUUAACAGGUCCACCAGUGAUCGACCAAGGCGCUGAGCAGUUGGACAUGAUCGUUGGCGAUACGAUGAGUAUCACUUGUCGGGUCGUGUCCGGAACGGGGAAUCUUACUGUUUCAUGGAUCAUUGACGGGGAACCCGUGACGAAUGGAGUUCUUAGUCCUACCGUAGAGGUUAUGGACCGCCGCGUCGAAAUAAGCAACGCGCGACUAAGUGACGCUGGCAAAUACAUCUGUGUUGCCCGAAAUGAAGCUGGUGAAGCGCGAAAAACUUUUGACCUAUCGGUUCUGGAAAUGCCACGAUUCCUUGACAUGUCAAACGUGAACCCGUCCAUAAUCAUCGGAAGGCCACUUGUCCUUGACUGCUCUGUCUCAGGCACACCAAAACCGACGAUCACUUGGAUGAAGAAUGGCUACAAACUCAACGAUACUGGCAUAUAUAUCAAUGACAAACAACAGCUACAAAUACGAGAGGCAAAGGCUGAAGAUGCUGGCCGUUACUCAUGCAUUGCUGAGAAUAAACCUGGACGAGCCGAAAAAGAUCUUGUGGUUUCUAUUCUCAAACCUCCGGUAAUGGAAAGUCGUUUUGCACCAAAGGAAGUUCAACAAGGCCACCAACUGACCUUGCAGUGUCCUCUAGAGGAUCCUACCGUCGAAUUUUUCUGGACCAAAAAUGGUAUACCUGUAACAACAUCCGAUAAAGUGCAGAUUUCUGUACGUCGCGACAAACUUUACCUCAUGGAUGCUGAGCCAUCCGACAGCGCACAAUACGCUUGCAUUGCAAGAAAUCAGGCCGGAGAGGAUCAAUCCGUUUUUGACACGAUUGUGAACGUGGCACCCAAAAUUCGUGGUCCAUCAUUCCGUUCGAUUGAUGUGAUUCUCAAUCAAACUGUGGAAUUAGCAUGCGAUGUGGAAGGUACCCCUGCCCCGACUAUAACAUGGUUGAUGGACGGCAAAGCUCUUCUCGAAACCGAAAAUAUUCAGUUUGUGGAUAACGGUCGUAUACUUCUUUUGAACCAUGUACAAAGUGAAGAAGAAGGUCGAUAUACGUGUAAAGCCGAGAACAAAGCUGGUAAAGCAGAGGCAGAUACGUACGUACAGGUUACAGCUCCGCCACGAGUGUUCAUGCAGUCCGACGAGAUGAAAGUUGUAGCUGGCAGGGGAGCAACUAUUCGUUGCGAGGUCUUCGGAAAUCCACCACCGAAAGUUGAAUGGAUGAAGAACGGACAGCUAUUCCAAUCUGAGCUUUUACAAAGCUCAACAAAUCUAGCAUAUCUCCAUCUAAGGGAAGCUAGCGUAGAGGAUGCUGGAAGGUACACAUGUAUCGCAAUGAAUCGAGCUGGUGAACAAAGAGCAAGCACACAACUUCACGUGCUAGUGAUCCCCGUAAUCGAAGAUGCGGAGCGGGUCAUCCAGGUCAAAGAGAACAACACUCUGAACAUUGAUUGCAUUGCCACUGGUAUUCCUACUCCUCAGAUUAGCUGGAAAAAGGAUGGACAGCCUCUGGAUGACGUACAAGGAAGUCGUUUGCUUGUUCCUCAAGCGACUACUUCCGAUGCCGGUAGAUACACCUGCACUGCCCGUAAUGAAGCCGGCCAUGUGUCGGCUGAUUUCGCAGUUGACGUUUUUAGCCGGCCAAGGUUCAAAGAUAUAAAGAAAGAGGUUCAGGUAAUUGAUGGAGAUCAAGCCCGUCUUGAGUGUAAAGUUGAAGGACAUCCGACACCAACUGUUAGAUGGCUUCGAGGUGGACGACCGAUCGAGGAUAUGUCGAACUUUAUAUUGUCACCUCGUGGAGAAACUUUGAUGAUUCUGAAAGCUAGACGUGCUGAUGCUGGUUCAUAUUCUUGUGUGGCAAAAAAUGCUGCUGGAGAGACUGAAGCUGGUUUUACUGUCUCUGUCUAUACAGCACCUCAUAUAGAGGAAUCUGUAGAUCAGAAUCCGCAUAUCGUGCAAGGUAAAACACUCACCCUCUAUUGUCCUGUGCUUGGAAAUCCUGAUCCGAAGGUUGAAUGGCGCAAGGAUGGCUUCCCACUUGAGGACGAUCCACGAUUCACAGUCAUUGAUGGAAAACAUCUUCAAAUAGUUAUGGCACAGAAAGACGAUGAGGGUCGAUAUACUUGUCAUGCAGUAAAUGAAGCUGGAAUCUUAGACACAGACUACAAGUCUGAAGUUAUUGCUCCACCUAAAUUCCAUCGUACUGGCGAAUCUGUAUAUGAAGUAGUGGAGCAUGAAGCGGUCACUCUGGAUUGCGCAGUGGCCACGGAGCCAAAACCUGAAAUCAUUUGGUACCGCGGCGAACAACCUCUUUACCUCGCUGGAAAUAUGGCACUUUCUCCUGAUGCUAUGCAACUCACAAUUCGUUCGGUUUCUCUGUCUGAUGGAGGAAAAUACACCUGUAAAGCCAGCAAUGAAGCUGGAUCUUCUGACAUAGAUUUGAUUUUGAAGGUGCUUGUCCCACCAAAAAUUGACAAAUCGAACAUUAUUGGCAAUCCACUGGCAAUUGUGGAGAGAAAUAUUUAUCUAGAAUGUCCUGUAUCCGGCAUUCCGCAACCAACCGUAUCAUGGACAAAAGAUGGUCGUCCUGUUGACGUUAGGGAUAGCAGAAUUGUUUUUGCUCAAAACAAUCAGACAUUCGGAAUAGAAGGCGUACGAACAGCCGAUCAAGCGCGAUAUACAUGCAUCGCUUCGAACAAAGGCGGAACUGUGGAGCAAGACUUUAAUCUAGAAGUGCUAACCCCACCUGCUCUUGAAUCCACAGAGACCCAAACACAUACAAAACGCGAGGGAGAUCCAUUGUCGAUCACUUGCCCAAUAAGAUCUGCGGUUGAUGUGACUUCGGCAGUGUCGGAUGUCAGCUGGAUCAAGGAUGGACGACCGAUUGAACGAGAAAACAACGCUGGCGUUAAGAUUUCGGCCGAUGGACGACGACUCCAAAUUCCAUCAACAUCACUUACCGAUGCUGGAUUGUACACAUGUGUUGCGAUCAAUCGUGCUGGAGAAUCAUCGCUGGACUUCAAAGUGGAAAUACUGUCACCCCCUGCUAUAGACAACUCGCGCAAUGAUGCUUCUCCGAGAGUUACCGUUGGACGUCCUGUUACGCUUUGGUGUGCGGUAAGCGGACAUCCAUUUCCGAGCAUUACAUGGAGGAAGGAUGGAGAGGAAGUGAAACCAAGCGAUGUGAUCAAGAUCCUUGACGAAGGACAAAUGCUGGAAAUUCUGGACACAAAGCGAGAACAUGCUGGAACAUGGACUUGUGCAGCUGAAAAUGAUGCUGGUGUUAGAGAGCUAGAAAUGCAGCUCGAUGUCUGGAUUCCUCCCGUUGUUCGAGUGUCUUCCGAAGCACCCAUUAAAGCACUGGGCGAAACUGUGACGCUGUUAUGUGAAGCUAGUGGAAAUCCUCCUCCAUCACUCAGCUGGACAAAGGGCGGACAACCGAUUAUCAACAGUGUGGAAGGUGUUCGCAUAUCCCUGAAGGGAUCGCGCCUGGAUAUUCCGCAUAUGGAACGUUCUGAUGUUGGUGAUUAUACUUGCAAUGCUAAUAAUGAAGCUGGUACUGCCGAGUCAACUAUACAUGUUGACGUACUCGUACCUCCUGUGAUAGCUAGAAACAAUAUCGAUAUGUCGCCACGUCUUCCAACUGGACAAACGCUUAUGCUGAUAUGUGAUGUCGAAGGGAAACCGCAGCCUUUAUUGAAAUGGUUCAUAAAUGAGACAGAAAUAACCGAAAGCAAUGAACAAAUCGAACUUGGACACACCGGAAAGUUCAUCAAGAUCAGCAAUAUUACACUUCAAGACAAGGGAGUCUACACAUGUAUUGCCGAUAAUGUAGCCGGAAAUGAUACAUUGCAAUACAAUGUAGACGUCGUCCAGGCUCCUAUUAUCUCAAACGGAGGAGCACAACAAGUGAUCGAAGGUGAACUUGCUCGUAUUGAAUGUUUGGCUGAAGGACAUCCACCACCGGUGAUUAGCUGGUUAAGAAAUGGAAUACGAGUUGAGACUGGUGUGCAAGGAGUGAGAUAUAUUGCUGAUGGCAAGGUGCUCAAUGUGUACGAAGCAAGAAGUUCGGAUUCGGGUAUUUACGUUUGCGCCGCGACAAACGAGGCUGGUACUGCUCAGCAAGCAUACACAUUAGAAGUGUUGGUCGCACCAAAAAUUGUUUCGACAUCUUCUCCAAAGACCUCGGUACCAGUGGGCACACCAUUCUCUCUCAAAUGUGGUGUGCGAGGAUAUCCUGAUCCGGCGGUAACAUGGACUGUCGAUGGUGAACCGCUUACUGAUGGAGUCGAUGGAGUCAGUAUAGCUCCUGAUGGAACCCUCAACGUAGACGCAGCGUCUGGACGAGUUUCCACGUACAGGUGUACAGUCAAAAACGAUGCUGGCAGUGAUGAAGUUGAAUAUGAAAUCCACACAAUAAAUGCUCCAGUCGUUAGCAGUGAAGGUGUCCGUUAUAUGAAUGCUACAGAAGGAGAGCCUACUUCACUUCCAUGUGAAAUCGUCGGCGACGAUUCUCAGAUUCAGUGGAUGAAGAACGGUCUACCCCUUCUGCCAACCGCAAAUCUCGAGUUCACUGAAGAUAAAACGAGAGUGAACAUAAUGUCAACGAGACUUAGCGAUGAAGGAGAGUACGUCUGCGUGGUAGCGAACUCUGCCGGGCAAGCGACGCAAAAAACACAAGUUUACGUGGGAGUUGUGCCAAGAAUAAUCGAGAGUGCGAAAAGGGAGCUGGUAAAGAGUGGCGAAUUAGCGACCAUGUGGUGUGAAGCAGCAGGCGUCCCACCACCGACGAUAACAUGGAUGAGAGAUGAUCAAAUUCUUACAAAUACUGCACUCGACGAUCGAGGCACUACACACCGGAAAUCGCUAUUAUUCGACAAUGUGUCCGUUGACGAUGCUGGCGUCUACACCUGUAAAGCGGAAAAUUGGGCCGGAACAACUUUAAAGGACUUCGACCUUGUCGUAAUCACUAAACCUACAAUCCAACCAGAAAAGCUGAAUGUGACUGCGGAUUCGAGGAAAACUGUGAUAUUGCCUUGUAAUGCUACAGGAAUACCGGAACCGGUAGUGUCAUGGGUAAAGGCACCGAAUAUCCAGAUCGAAGCGAAUGAAAAAUAUCAACUGAUCGGAACGUCGCUGGCUGUUCGCAACGUGCUACCAACUGAUGCCGGAUUUUAUCAUUGUAUUGCCAAAAGCGAAGCCGGUCAAGCGAUCGGAAAUCGUCGUCUGCUUGUCGAUCGUGAUGACAGCGAAGGCGAACCUAAGAUUUGGGUGGAUUGCGAUGAGGAAAAUAGACCUGUUAAAACGACAUAUAUGCAGAAUCGCGGUGAUGUGCCCGACGAUGAUCAAACUCUUUUACCUUGGAAGGAAAAAGUGGAUUGGUCCCUGAAUGGAACGAAUGGUGUGGUUUAUAAAUGCAUUCCUGGACCUCGCACUCCAAGACUUGCAAAACUGCAUGUAGCCCCGACAUUUCUUGUAAGACCACAAGACCAGAAAGCACCCGUUGGAUCCGAAGUGGAAUUUCACUGCAGCGCCAUAGGACCGCCUGUUCCUUACAUACAUUGGCUGAAAAACGGGGAAGUAAUCAGAUGGAAGGCUCCUGAAAGCGCGUACUCGGUCCUUGUCAUCAAUGUAACAGAGGAUGCAGCUGGCAACUAUACCUGUCACGCAAGGAACAGCAUUGGAAUAACGAAGACGAUAGCAACGCUUGAAGUGGACAAUGAAGCAACACCGGAGCCGACAGCACCGCCGAAACGUCAAGUGGCUGUGCUGACAUGCUUGGGUCGUCACCGCCCAUACACCAGAGGAGUCACUUGGUUUUUCCAGUCUAGACCCCUUGAUCCCACAUUGGGUGGAUUCCAUUUCAUGAACAACGGAAGUUUGAUAGUUACCGACAUUGAUGCUGAUACGGCAGACAAUCUGAAAUUGUACAUGUGCAAAGUUCGUGGACGCAGAAAGCCGAGUAUUGCAUACACAGUAGAACUGGAGGAUGAGUUACCCGUAGUGAAUGUAGAACCUAAAAAGCUUUCACUUGUUCCUGGUGACACACUUCAACUGUCUUGCAAUCUCAGUGGAUCGCCACUCACCACAAAGAUCGAGUGGACCAAAAACGAUCAGAAAAUUAUUCCAGAUGAAAUCGUACAAAUAUUGCCCAACAAUACGCUUUUGAUUACAACGACUGAGGAGUUUGACACUGGUCUGUAUAAAUGUAUAGCGAUCAGCCCUAUAGGUAGUGCUUACGAUCAAGCCAAAGUAGUUGUGGAAGAUCCAUCGCCGAUGCUUUCGGAAGCUUCAGAGCCGUACACGAUGAGAACGAUGCCUUCCGAAGAAGCUUCCGAGCAAGAAAGUUCAGGAGAAUCCAAUAAUAAUCAGGCAGUCGGUACAUCCACCACCCAAGCUAUUCUUCAACCAACCACCGACAUCGCUGAGGAUGAAAUCACUAUGUCAACGUCUCAUCCAGCUGUUACUCCUGCAGAAGUUUUGAUGAUGACGACGCCGAUGACGACGUCUACUACAACCUCCGCCACCUCCACCACUUCCGCCAUCUCCACUACCACCGCCGCCACCAGCACCACCUCCGCUGCCACCACUACCAGCAGUACCACAACAACCAGUGCUAUACAAGAACUUACAACAACUGAGCCCUUGACGGAGGGAUCCGGCGAUUAUGAGUACACGGAUGGAGAUUCGGAGCAUCUGCAUUACGCUCUGGCAGAUACUGACUCAGUAUGUCCACAUGGAUCCCGUUACCAAGAUGGCCAGUGCAUAUACGAUGAAACACACAUCUCACCGAAGGAACACCACAGAGGACGUUGUUUACCAGGAUAUCGGUGGACGGGUUCUCACUGUGAAGACAUAAACGAAUGUGCCGAAUUAGCUGAUCGAUGUGAUUAUCAUUGCGAAAAUACUCCCGGAUCAUACAACUGCUUGUGCCCUCCAGGAUACGAACUUUCCAACAAUUAUCAGUGCUUUGACAUCGAUGAGUGCGAUUUGAUAUCCUGUUCCGCUGAACAGAUGUGUCUCAACACUUUGGGAAGUUUCCAUUGUAUUCCUAAUCCGUGUCCAGAAAAUUAUUCGCUCUCGGACAAUAGGCACUGUAUUCCCGAAUGCGAUGGAUGCUCAGAUCAACCGAUUCAUAUCCAACAGAUUCCUUUGUACAAAGGAUAUCAUACAGAAGAAGGCAUUGGUAAGGUCCUUGCACAUGAUAAAACCGGAAACGUGUUGAGAGAUACCAUCUUCGCUAUAUCCGACACAGAAGAAGGUCUUCAACUAGGAAGAACCAAGUCGGGGCCAUUCUCAAUUCGUUUCCGUCAAGGUGAAGGUAUUGUGUACACCUCGUCUCGUCAAUUACAACCAGGAUCUAUUCAUUAUCUUCGAGUACGAGCGCAUUCACAAUCAAGUAACCAUCCUGAUUCACAUUUCAUGUUAAUUAUAUCGACUGGCAUGUAUCCAUUCUAAUAUGUCUACUCUGUUGUGUCAUACGUCAUCUUUUCCUGUUAUCGCUUCUGUAGUAGCUUUGUUUUCUACAGCACAUUGCGUUAACAAGCAAAUGUUUUUUGAUGUUGUUAUUGCUGAUUUUUAUUUUGACUGAAUAAAAAGUCGUAUCUA